CCCGCUGCUACCCUGUGUGUGCGGAGGUUGCACGUCCUCCGAGUGCUUUGGGGGUUUCCUCCAGGCACUCCAGUUUCCACCCCCAGUACAAAGACAUGCAUUGUAGGCUGUCCAAAGUGUCUGUAGUGUGUGAACGGGUACAUGAUUGUGCCCUGCGAUGGAUUGUCACACUGUCCAGGGUGUACCCCACCUUGUGCCCCAUACCCCCUGGGACAGACUCCAGGUUCCUUGCGACCCUGUAGAAUAAGCGGUUCAGAAAAUGGAAGGAUGGAUGUAUUAUCUGUCACUAUACUUUUGCAUACCUAAAAAUUGGGUGGUCUGCCACCAAAGGUGCUUUGUUCUAACUUUAAAAAAAAAAAAAUCAGAUAUAGAUGUAAAUAUAAGCUGAACUUCUGAUCUAUCAUCUCAUAUUCAUCUUUUGAUCUCAACCCAAAAUAUCUGCAGUGUAAAGCAAAAAAAUAAGCUAACUUUGCCUUACCGUUCCAAUACUUUCGGAGGGGACUGUACAUGUAAAUGCACAAAACCAUUGGGCAUUUGUGGUUUUGGCAUGGUUUGUGGCAUGGUGCAUGGUUUUGUGUAUGGUACUGGCAACUGUGUAUUGUGUAAAUCUAUGUCCCGCACUUUGUGGAAAACAGAUGAAUUUUGUGUACAGGAAAACAAAUGCAGAUGCCAAGUCCUGCCUACAGACCAUACAAAUGUACAGAGUGGAUAAAAGGUCUCAGAGAAAGUGAGAGAUAGAAUGAGAGAUGGGGAAUGAGAGUGAUUGUUAUAGUAGAGAUAGUCUAGUGAUAGUAGAGAGAGAAACUGAAUAACUGUCAGCUAUAAUUUUGCAAUACAUACAUCUGUUUUUCCAAACUCUUGGAUGUCCAUAGGGAAUUUAUUUCUCAGUCUGUCAUUUGUUUAAGAGAGUGUUCUUGGUCUUGAAAAUGGCACACACUCCAGCACAGUUGCUCAGAGACUAUCUGACUGAGUGGCGGAUACAUCAAAACCGCCUGGUGACCAAAGAAGGAAAUUGCAACAUUGAGUAUUCCAAUGUACAGUACAAAAAAUGGUCCAGUUUCAUGCAAGACAUUUGGACCACUUUAGUGGAGAUCCACUGGACGUUUCUUAUGUUCUUUUUUGUGUCUUCAUUUAUCCUUAGCUGGUUUGUAUUUGCACUUUUUUGGUACUGGGUCGGUGGUACCAAUGGUGACUUGUGGUGGCAAAACCCAUCAGCUAACCACAGUGCAUGUGUGGUUAAUGUCUAUGACCUUACCACUGCCUUUCUGUACUCACUGGAGACACAGACAUUUAUUGCUUAUGGCGUACGAGCCAUUACCACAUUUUGCCCAGGUGCCAUUGCUGUCUAUGUUUUCCAGGUUAACCUUGGUACUAUCAUUCCCUGCUUUUGGGGUGGAGUGGUAAUGGCCAAAAUCUCACUGCCCAUGAGAAGAGCCAAAGCAAUCAUGUUUAGUAAGAUGGCUGUCAUCUGCUCUAGACAAGAUACUCUGUGUCUAAAGAUACGACUGACCAAUCUGCGCAAAUCACUGAUGAUUGGAACCCAGAUAUAUGGCAAGCUUAUUAAAACAACAACCACACCUGAAGGCGAAACCAUCAUCAUGGAUCAGGUCAACAUUGAGUUCACUGUGGAAACUGGGAAUGAAAACCUCUUCUUCAUCUCUCCAUUGACUCUCUACCAUGUGAUAGACAAAACCAGUCCGUUCUUUGAAAUGGCAGUUGACACUCUUCAGCAUCAGGACUUUGAGCUUGUAGUGUUUAUGGACAGUGUUGCUGAAUCCACCAGCUUCUCUUGCCAAGUAAGGACUUCCUACAUGCCUAAGGAGAUCAUGUGGGGCUACCAGUUCCUCCCUAUUAUCUCCCGCAGCAAAGAGGGAAGGUAUCGUGUGGACUUCUCAAACUUUUCUAAAGUAAUGCCCAUAGAUAUACCACACUGUGCCCAUUGCUUUCACAAUGAGAAAGCACAUCAUCACCACUCCGAAGGUGGCACUGACAAUGAGGGCUUUGAAUGUGAUUUGUGACAAUCACAAAACAAAGAUUAACCCUGAAAACAUUGAUAUUUUUGAUUAAAAAAAAAUAUAUAUAUGUACUUGAGAUCUCUGGGGUUACUGAAGGGCAACCAUUUCUUAUACAUUUCUAGCAAGAUUCAUUAAAUGUUUUUUUUUUCAGUCUAGCUGUAUUGCUCAACUGAGUUACCAAUUUAAAGCUGACACUUGCAACAUUCGGUUGAUUGCUCUAUUUUUUUUUUGUUUGUUUUGUAAGAUUGUAAGAAGACUGCAUAUAUGUGUAUUUUACUUAAAAUGUGUAUAAGAUAAAAUUAUGUAUUAUGUUAGAAGUUGCGGUUUUUAAUGGCAUUUCCCCCAUUAAAUCAUUGGUUGAUAAAAGCUC